UCCUCUCAUGUCCUUUCCCAGCCGCCGUACUUUCUGCUGGCCCCGCCCCUUUGUUGCUUCUUCUCGAAAGCGUACAGGCCGCUCUUUGAAAAGCUAGUUAGAUAGCUAACUAGAAGACUAUUGAACACUUCGAAAGGGAAACAUAAAACUUGAGCUGGUGACCUCACAAGGAAUUCCCCUCCUGCUCUGGUGGGAGGAAGAAGAUCCAGUGUCAUGACAACUCGGAACCUGGAAUAACUUGUCUUGGUCGGAGACUCACAAAAGCAGCACUUCCUGAAACUCCCAGUGUGGGAGGAGAGAUCUAGGAGACCUUUGAAUCCAUAUGAAAGGAAAGACACCUCACCCUAUUUUUUUUUUGUGUGACCAAGACACAUUGUAACUCAUCAGAAUAGGAUCAUUUGAGAAUCUUCUGGGACAAAAUGGAUCGAGAGAAGGGAAUGUUGAUGGAUGAAAUCGAAAAGGGUUUAUGGAAUUUAACCGAGGACAAUCUGCGUUACCUCUGUGAACGUCAUGGACACGGUGGGAAAGAUGGCUUCGAAGUUAAAGGCAUGGAUCACCGCUCGUUGCGGCGUAAAAUCCUGGAGGAAAUGUGGGACAAUACGGACUCAAUGAAAUCAGAGGAGCAGGGAAUAUCUUGGUUAGUCCGACUGAAAGAGGACAUCAGGAGGAUACAGGAGGAGGGUAGCAGUGCUGAUGAUGAUGAUGAUGCUGUAGACUGUGACGAAGAAUGGAACGGAGAGGGCGGGGUUCAGUUACCUAGCAAUGGGUUGGAGGUGGAGCCCAUGAGUUCCAGCCAAUCUGAUGAUGAUGUAGACUGUGAUGAAGAAAGGGACGAGGAGGUCAGGGAUUGGAUGGCUAGCGAUGGGUUGGAGGUGGAGUUGUCUCCAGAGAGGCACACACCAGAGCAGAGAGUGAGAGAGGACAAGCCUCCCCGGCCCCCCGCCACCCUCUCGAAGUCCCCGGGUCGUGCGUCCCGCGGUAGCGCCCUACUGCGCUGUCUGAAGAAGAGGGCGUCUGUGCAGCUAGACGACAGCAAGACAACUCGCACAGGAGAGAAAUCUCACAGCCCGUCUAGCGCUAAACGAUGCAAGAAAACUCUCCCAGGAGACAGGCCUAGUUCCCAUAUCUGUGAUCACUGCGGGAAAAAUUUAGGAAGUCAAAAAAGCCUGAAAAGCCACAUGCGCGUUCAUACCGAAGAAAAACCUCAUGAGUGCUCCGAGUGUGGGGAGACGUUCCGUCUGUUAAGAAGCCUUAAAAAACAUCAGAAACUUCACACUGGUGAGGUCAGAGGGACGAAGAAAGUCAAAGUCCCUCAUCCGUGUCCUCACUGCGGGACGAUGCUAGCUUCGAAGAAAGAAUUAAAGGAUCAUCUGAGAAUCCGCCACACUGAGAAAACUCAGCUCUGCUCUGAAUGUGGCAAGAGAUUCUCUAGCACCUACGCCCUGAGGAAACACCAGAGACUACACACUGGGGAGCAGCUCCACCUCUGCCCUGACUGUGGGAAGACCUUCUAUACUCAGGCACACUUGAUAUCUCACCAGAGGGUCCAUGCCGAACACAGGGAAAGGCCGCAUGUGUGUCCCGUCUGUGGGAGGGGCUUUACAGCAGCUUCGUCCUUGAAGUCACAUCAGAGUAUUCACACCGGAGAGAAACCUUACCUCUGCGCUGAAUGCGGGAAGAGUUUCAGAACAUUAGGACACUUCACAACACACCAGAAGCAGCAUGUCGAAGCAAAGCCAUCUUUCCCUUGCCCUGUUUGCAAUCAGUGUCUCUCAACAAAGCGCAACCUGGUAUUUCACCAGAGAAUGCACACGGGAGAGAAGCCUUACCACUGCUCUCAGUGUGACCGGCGCUUUGUUAAUGAGCAGAAAUUGAAAAGUCAUCAGCGUGUACACACUGGAGAGAAGCCCUACCUUUGCUCCCAGUGUGGGAAAAGUUUCGCUCUUUCACAAAAUCUUAAAAAGCAUCUCAGGGUGCAUUCAGGUGAGAGACGUUACAGAUGUACCUAUUGUGUAAAGAGUUUCAUUUCUUCAUCUGGUCUGAAAUCACACCUGCAAACGCACACUGGAGUGAAACCCUGCCACUGCCCUGAAUGUGGGAAAGGUUUCUCAGAGAAGAGAGCUCUGAAGAAUCACAUGCUCACACACGGGAGAGAAACCGCUCCAACGUUCCAAUGUCUGUGAGAAUGUAACUCAGCACCCGGAGAUCACACGCUGGGGUUGAAGAGCAUAAAUAACUGCCAUUAGAAUGAGUCGCUCUGGAUAAGAGCGUCUGCUAAAUUACUAAAACGUUUUAAAAUAAAACUUAGAUAUUGUACACCGCUGCCUUCCCGACUCCCACGUGAUAGUUCAUUUCUGUCUUAUUUUCUCUGAAAAGACUUAACAAAGAAACGACCAUUAACUAGUUAUUUUGUGUCUGGGUGUUCUGUUUAUGAAUUGUCUGCUUGCUUUUAACUGUUCUAUCUAGCCUGAAUCCAGAACCUGUUUUGUGCGAAUAUGUGUGUGUAUAUAUAAAUGUAUAUAUGACUCCCAUUUUGGCAUGUAUUUAGCAGUGUAUGGUGCAGUACCAAUGUGGACACAAAAAGGACACCACUUGCCUGUUUGUUUUUUUUUUAAUGUUGUGAGGUUGCGUCACUUGUCCUCUACUACGAUUGGCUCGCGCUAUGGCCGUUUUUGGAAGAAGUCUGCCAAGACAACUGUACACAUCUGAACCAAGCAACUAGAUAAAUACAUUAUGACAUCUUAUUCCCCGAGGUAACGAACACGCCUGCACUGAUCUGCCUCGUAUCUUUUGCAUAGAGUUGAUCAGAAGGACUCCCGACUACAAUGGGCUGUUAUAAUGUUCAAAAAUAAUACUGAAGUGAAUUUAUUUGUCAAAACAGGCUGAUUUAAUACGC